AUGCCGGCCGUAGCACCUCCAAGCAAAGUCCUUGUUACGGGAGCGAAUGGAUACAUUGCCAUCUGGGUUGUGCGUCGUCUCCUCGAGAAGGGGUAUGCAGUCCGAGGAACCGUGCGAUCAGAGUCCAAGGCAACGUACUUGAGGCAUCUCUUUAGCACGUACGGUGAUAAACACGAGGUUGUGGUCGUUGAAGACAUUACGAAGGAAGGUGCAUUUGACGAGGCUGUCAAGGGUGUGGAUGCCAUUGAACAUACAGCGUCACCAUUUCAUCUCAACUGCGACGAUCCCAAUGAGUUCAUCGAGCCAGCGGUCAAAGGCACCACAGGAGUGCUCCAGAGCGCUCUCAAGUACGGAAGCAAUGUGAAGCGCAUCGUCGUGACGUCGUCCUGCGCUGCCGUACUCGAGAUUCCUACCAGCCCCAGAGUCUUCACGGAGAAGGACUGGAAUCAGCAAGCUCUCAAAGAAGUGGAAGAGAAGGGUCGGGAUGCUCUGGUUAUGAACAAGUAUCGCGCCAGCAAGACCCUAGCUGAGAAGGCCGCUUGGGAAUUUGUCGAAAAGAACAAGGGAUCAAUCGGGUGGGACCUGGUCGUACUGAACCCUCCUUAUGUCUUCGGCCCCAUCAUCCAUGAUGUACCAGGACCCGAUCAGAUCAACACGUCGAUGGCUGAGUUUUACAAUACAUUGCUCAAAGGGGCCAAGGACGAGAAGACACUUGCUACUCUAGGGAAUUGCUGGAUCGACGUCCGAGACCUCGCGCUUGCUCACGUCUUAGCCAUCGAAACACAAGAGGCAGGGGGAAACCGGUUCAUCGUUUCUCAAGGCACAUUCAAGUGGCAGGACUUUGUCGACGCUGCGCAUGAAGCAGGUGUCUAUCCUGAGUCUGCCCUUUCCAAAGGCACGCCGGGCGCCGGUUACGGGCCCGGAGUGACGCAUAUGAUCAGCUACGAUACGAGUAAGGCCGCGAAGGUCCUGGGUCUUGAUAAGUAUAUAAGCAAAGAGCAGUGUACUAAGGAUUCUUUGGAGGAUUUCAAGAAGAGGGGAUGGUAGGCAAUACUCACGGAACAUGAAGAGAUGUACUUGGUAGCCGCCAGUGAAACAAUAUGAUGACC